AUGGUAGAUGGAAACAAAUCCUCAGUAACUGAUUUCAUCCUUGUGGGGCUCUUUCCUGAAUUUGAGCAUUAUAUUGUCCUCAACUUCAUGAUAAUUUUUAUCUACACUUUUGCCUUCCUGGGAAACACACUUCUGAUUGUCUUGAUUUGGGGAGAUUCUCGGCUCCAUACACCCAUGUACAUUCUCCUCAGUCAACUCUCUCUCAUUGACUUGACAUUAACUUCCACCAUUGUCCCAAAGAUGGCUUCUAAUUUUUUCACAGGGAAAAGGACAAUAUCAUGGAUUGGCUGUGGAACACAGAGUUUCUUCUUCCUAAUGUUGGGAAUGUCGGAGUGUUUCAUCUUGACUCUCAUGGCUUAUGACCGCUAUGUGGCUGUUUGCAACCCACUGCGUUACCCAAUUAUCAUGAGCCCCAGGUUUUGUAUGCACAUGGUUUUGGGGUGUUGGAUUGGAGGCUCUGUAAGUUCAUUUAUCCAUACAGUCUACCCUAUGCAUUUUCCCAUCUGUGGGUCACGGGAGAUCCAUCACUUCUUCUGUGAGGUCCCAGUCCUCAUUAAGCUCUCCUGUGAAGACACGUCAGCAUAUCAGUUAGUGGUGGUGGUGACAAGCAUUUUGUUGCUUGUUGUUCCUUUCAGUCUCAUCACAGCUUCCUAUACUCUCAUCUUCCUCGCGGUCUUCCGAAUGAACUCUGUCAAAGGAAGGAAAAAAACCCUGGCAACCUGCUCUUCCCAUUUAACUGUGGUGAGUCUCUUCUUUGGCCCAAACAUAUUUAUCUAUAUGAUUUUUACUUCCUCCCAUAAUGCAGAGCAGGACCAAGCUCUUUCUGUAUUCAGCAAUAUCCUAACUCCCAUGUUGAAUCCCCUAAUUUACAGCCUGAGGAACAAGGAGGUGGUGGCCGCUCUCAAAAAACUUAUGGGGAAAUGUGUGCUUUCUUACUAG